ACCUGGCAUCUUCCCUUGCGUCCACCAUGCCUAACACCACGCCGGAUGCCUGCAACGUGGACUCGGAUUUGGACGGCGUCCUCCCUCCGUCGCUCUACGCCGUGGUCUUCGUGGUCGGUCUCCCGGCAAAUCUGCUGGCGCUGUGGGCGGCGUGGCUCCAGGUCCGGAAAGGUAAAGAGCUGGGCGUGUACCUGCUGAACCUCAGCCUCUCCGACCUCCUCCUCAUCUGCGCCCUUCCCCCGUGGACAGACUACUACGUGCGGCGGGACGUGUGGGGCUACGGGCCGGGGGCCUGCCGACUUUUCGGAUUCGUCUUCUACACCAAUCUGUACGUGGGCGCCGCCUUCCUGUCCUGCGUCUCCGCUGACCGAUAUCUGGCCGUGGCGCACCCGCUGCGCUUUCCCGGUGCCAGGACCAUCCGUUCGGCCGCCGCCGUCUCUGCACUGGUCUGGGUGGUGGAACUGGCCGCCAAUACUCCACCGUUGUUCAGCGACGCCAUCACCCGGGACCGCUACAACCACACCUUCUGCUACGAGAGUUACCCCCUCUCCGGGACCGCAGAUGCCCUGGCCAACGUGGGGAGGGUAUUAGCUGGAUUCUUAUUGCCCUGGGGCAUAAUGCUGGUCUGCUAUGCCGGAUUACUGCGGGCGCUGAAGGACAGCGCGUCGUGCGAGCGAAGGGAGAAGAGGAGAGUGCGCAGGCUGGCGCUGGGCCUUCCGUGCGUGGCCCUGCUGUGCUACGGGCCCUACUACGCGUUGCUGCUCCUGCGCAGCGUGGUCUUCCUCGUCGGUGGAGAUGCCGGAGCCGCAGGCAAAAGCUGCGCACUGGAGGAGAGGCUUUUCCCGGCUUACCACGCCGCCCUGGCCAUGGCCACGCUGAACUGUGUCGCUGACCCCGCCCUCUAUUGCCUGGCGUGUCCCGGGGCGAGAGGGGAGGUGGCAAAGGCAAUAGGGCGGGUGGUGGCGUGGGCAAUGGGAAAGGACAGGACUGGGUGGCUGGAAGGGGGAGGCCGAGGACACCGAGGUGAGGAAAUGGGGAUGGUGGAGAUGGCCGGACGAGGGGCCGUGGUAUGA